UCAAUAUUUUGCUGGUUGGUGACAGCAUUUGUUAAUAUAUUUACUUUCAUUGUCGAUUACAUCUUAACAUAAUUAUUCUGUGAACAUACAUCUAGAAAGCACAACUAGGCCUAAAAAUGAAUGCCGUUCUUCCUCAAAAACCCGAUGCCGGGGGUACAUAUACGUUUGCAAGUCAACCAAGAGCAGUUCAACAGAGAAAAAAAUACCGGGAUCCAUUACUGCAACAACAGAACCAGAACUGCUAUCAGUAUGGAAAUAUUAUGUAUGAUAGAAGAAUUGUCAGAGGAAACACAUAUGCUCAACACACAUUACCAGCGAGUGCACAACCAGAUCCCAUUGAGAUUCAACGACAGCAGGAGAACAGACGGCGGGCACUUGCAAAGAAACGCGCUAAGGACCAGCUGCGUCCGAGGUCCCCGGACCCUGUGGAGGGCCGUAAACACGUGGAUGUCCAGACAGAGUUGUACCUGGAGGAGCUAAGCGACCGCGUCGAGGAAGCAGACGUCGACUGCCAGACGGAUGCAUUCCUCGACAGACCGCCCUCGCCCCUUUUCAUCCCAGCAUGCACCGGCAUCAGCGUGGAAACGCAGAUUCUCGAAGGAGAUCUGUUUGACUUUGACCUGGAGGUGAAGCCAAUCCUGGAGGUGCUGGUGGGUAAGACGGUGGAGCAGGCCCUGCUGGAGGUGAUGGAGGAGGAGGAGCUGGCCAACCUGCGCAAACAGCAGCGCGAGUUCGAGGAGCUGAGAAACGCAGAACUCGUCGAGCAGCAGAGACUGGAGGAGCAGGAGAGGAGGCACCGUGAGGAGAAGGAAAGAAGAAUGAAACAACAGAGAGAAGUUUUAAUAAAAGAAAAAGAAACUGCCGAAAAAAUAGCUGCUCGUGUAUUUGCCCAGAGUUAUUUGGCAGAUCUUGUGCCUUCUGUAUUUGGAACCUUGUCAGACAAUGGGUACUUCUACGAUCCGGUUGAAAGAGAUGUGGAGCAGGGUUUCAUGCCGUGGUUGAUGGAGAGAGUCACUGACCAGCUGGAGAAGUCAGAGUUGGGCCGACUCGUGCUGGACGGGAUGCUCCGCGAGGUCACCAGGAACCGACUUGACCUCUACGAGAAGCUCGAGGAGCGGCUUCGGCAGCUGACACUCAGCAACGAGACGCCACAAGCCGUCGCCGACGAGGGCGACAAUAUGACGUCAGAACAGCUGCUGGCACCCGCUACAACAACAGAUGAGUUUCCAUCUAUCAUUUCUUCUAUUGAAUCAAAACUGGAUGAGGGCGACCAGCCUCCGGUGCCGACGAGCGAGCAGGUGGAGAAGAAGGAAGUGGGCGAGGAGGGAGAGCAAGCCGCAGAUGACGAUCCUACUGGUACCGAGGAUUGAACCAGCUCACCUUCAUUGCUCACCUAGUGAACAAACACUGACACUUGCACGACCAUACAGUGGGGGAUUGGCUGAUGUCAAACGUAGUGAUUGGGGGGACUUGUUACUGUCAUUUAUUUCUCCUAUAUGUCAGCUCCAAAGAUACUACUUAUACCAAUAAUUAAUAUCUGAUAUAAUAUAUAUAACGGUUUUUAGUGGGGGUUUUAAAGACAGUUUUGAAUGUGUAGUGUGUUGCCAUUUACUUAAAGUAUGUUAUUAUGCCUAGAGGAAGGAGGGUGUUCAGCAUUUCUUACGAAGUUUGUACGGGGGAAGGGGGUGUGUAUGGAAGGGGGGGGGGGGGUUUCACUGACAGCAUACAUAAGCCAGAGUAUUAUAAACUAAAGCCAGUAUGUACUCUAGAUAAACUUUUAAAUCCCAAUAAAAUGUCAAGUCUGUUCAAAACAUUUAAAUAAACUUGACAUGUCUCAAAAUUAUUGGUGUUAAAUAUAUGUAAUCUAAGGUCCUAAUUGUGUCCAAUGUAAUUUUUAGCAUGGAAGAUCAAUACAUGGGGAAGGUGCAUAAUGAUGAAAUAUAUAAAAGGUGGAUGUGGGGGUGUGUGU